AACACACAUCGGACCAAUGGCGGAUCUGGAUCUGGACGUCGCGGGCAUCAUCGACCGACUCCUCGAAGUCCGGGGCUGUCGGCCGGGAAAGACAGUGAGCCUCGAGGAGCGCGAGAUCUCCGGGCUCUGCUUGUCGGCGCGCGAGGCCUUUCUGGCCGAGCCCAUGCUCUUGCGCCUCCAGGCCCCAGUCAAAAUCUGUGGUGAUGUGCACGGGCAGUACUAUGACGUUCUGAGGCUCUUUGAGCACAGUGGCUUCCCGCCCGCCAGCAGUUAUCUGUUCCUUGGCGACUACGUUGAUCGUGGCAAACAGUCCUUGGAGACCAUCUGCCUGCUGCUGGCCUACAAGGUCCUUUACCCGGACAAGAUCUGGCUCUUGCGUGGCAACCACGAAUGUGCCAGCAUCAACCGCAUCUAUGGCUUUUACGAUGAGUGCAAGCGUCGCUACUCCAUCAAGCUUUGGAAAACCUUCACCGACUGCUUCAACUGCCUGCCCGUUGCUGCCGUUGUUGCUGACAAGAUCUUCUGCUGCCAUGGUGGCCUCUCACCCGACUUGCAAGCUCUCGAUCAGAUCACGAACGUGCAACGACCAACCGACGUGCCAGACACUGGCCUGCUCUGCGAUCUGCUGUGGAGCGAUCCCGAGCGCGAGGUUGAGAAUUGGGCCGAAAACGAUCGGGGCGUUUCAUUCACGUUUGGCGCCGACAUUGUGGAAAAGUUUUUAUUACAGCAUGACCUGGAUCUUAUUUGCCGCGCUCAUCAGGUGGUUGAGGAUGGCUACGAAUUCUUCGCACAACGUCAGCUAGUGACUGUCUUCAGCGCACCAAACUACUGCGGUGAAUUUGACAACGCGGGUGCCAUCAUGACCGUUGAUGCCAACCUCAUGUGCUCCUUUCAAAUCCUCAAGCCCGCUGACAAGAAGUCAAAGUAUCGCUAUGCCUCCGACCCAGGCGCAGCAGAGCGUGAUGUUUUGCCUGUGGCGUAAAGCGCCCAACCGUGCUAGGGAUAUGCGCGCCGUCUGCUUGUGUGGGCAUUGAAAGUGUCAUCGUCCAAGGCAUGCACGCGCCCUAUGUUGUUCGUGUCCCCUUUGCACUUCCGUUCUGAAGCGCGUCCCCCAAACUGCUGUCGAUCCCGUGCAGCUCAGCUGUGCGAGCCGAUGUGCAUUAUUGUGAUGUCCUAUGCGUCGAUAGCCCGGAAGAUCCCGCCCGCCUCUUUGUUGUCCUUUGUCAAACAGCCUUGUCAACUUUAUGCCGAUCAAUUUCAUCAUCUGGUCAGACCGGUGUGAUAUU